GGGGCGGGUGGCCGGGUUCUGGGCAGUCUCGGAACUGGGAGUCCUAGCUUUUGUCUCCUGUAUCCGAGCGUACGGCCUAGGGGCAGCUGUCGGGUCCCCUUCACCCGUGCUGGGGGCCUGGGAGCGGGCCCCGGUGGGUGGGGUGGGGUGACAGCUCCCAAGGACUCAGCCGGGGCUUCUAUCAUGGCACCGCUGGCGGCCUUCGGGGGCGCGACCUGGCGUUGCUGCGGCCGCCUCCUCAAACGUCCUUUCUCCCAAGCGGCGCGCCGUGGAGAGCGGCCUGGCGGGGAGGAGCUAAGCCGCUUGCUCCUGGAUGACCUGGCGCCGACCCAGCGGUCGGCCGGCGGUCUGGAGCUUCUGUUUGGCCUGUCCCCUUGUCUCCUGGCUCUGCGGGCCUCCCGCCGUCGCGUGGCCCGGCUCCUGCUCCAGGCCGGCAGGUCCGGGCUGCAGGGGGAGCGGGCCGAGCUGCUCCGCGCGGCUGAGGCGCGGGACAUCCCAGUUGUGCGGCCCAGACGGCAGAAGCUGGACGUCCUGUGCCGCUACCAGGUCCACCAGGGCGUCUGCAUGGAAGUGAGCCCCCUGUGGCCCCGGCCCUGGGCUGAGGCCGGGGAGGCGGGGCCAGGAGACAACCCCCAGCAGCUGUGGCUCGUCCUCGAGGGGCUCCAGGAUCCCCGAAAUCUUGGGGCCAUUCUGCGCUCCGCUCACUUCCUCGGGGUGGAUAAGGUCAUCACCAGCCAGAGAAACAGUUGCCCGCUAACUCCGGUAGUCAGCAAGGCCAGCGCCGGGGCCAUGGAGGUGAUGGACGUGUUCUCCACUGAUGACCUGGCUGGUUUUUUACAGGCCAAAGCCCAGCAGGGCUGGCUCGUGGCUGGCACGGUGGGCUGCCUGGGGCCUGAGAUUUCCCCGUCCUCCGAGAUGCCUGUCACCAGUUGCUUGGAGUUCCUCUGGGACCGGCCUACUCUCCUAGUGCUGGGUGGGGAACGAGGGCUCUGGUCUGUCCCCAGAGGUGCGGGCUUCCUGCCAGCUUCUCCUUACCAUCCUGCCCGGCCGGCAGCUGCCUCGUGGACUCGAGUCCUUAAAUGUCUCCGUGGCUGCAGGAAUUCUUCUUCACUCUAUCUGCAGCCAGAGGAAGGGUGUCCCUGCAGAGGGAGAGAGAAAGCAACUUCUCCAAGACCCCCAAGAGCCCUCAGCCUCAUCUGCAGGGCCCAGAGUCGCACAGCACCCAGGACGGUCCUCAGGCUCAGAAAAGGAGAGGCAGGACGGGGGCUGACUGGGGCUUUCCGAGGCGCGUGUCCUGGAGGGCACACACAUCCGCACGCUGGAAUGUGCCAGAGACUCUUACCUUCUUGCCUGAGUGUGUACCCAGGCCCCUGCUUAUAAACCACUGUUUUGGGAGGCCUGGAGCUUUGUGGUGGAGACCAGAGGAAGUUGUUUCCUGUUUGGGUUUUGGACUUGCAGUGUCUAGGCUGUGCUGGGACAGAGGGUCUCUUUCUUCCCAGACCCUGCCUGGAAAGUGUAGACAUCGGAAGGGAUCAGGCAGCCCAGUCCAGGGGUCCUAGUCCUCUGGGACCAGUGUGACAGUGUAGAGGGAGGCCUGAGCCCUCUUGUGGGCCAGACAGGUGCAAAUCCAGGCUCAAACCCUGCCCCACUGGGGCUUUGAGCACAGGGCUUCAUCUUGUGUCUCCGGGCCCUUGUCUGCACCUCCCUCAGCGCUAUUGUAAGAAUCAAAUAAAACAUCACCUGGUACCCA